AUGGAAACCCAUCUCAGCGCUGGCACGGCGGGUGCCUGCGGAGGCAGAGCCCGCGAGCACGCCGGCUGUGGGGCACUGGUAAAUGGUGAUUUACCGAUUGUUUGUGCUUCCUCACACAGCUCGAGACCUCGUGGGCAGCUGAGGGCUGUGGGCCGGCCUGGGGUGUGUCACUACGGCUCCAGGUGGGAUUGCUGUCCUGGCUGGAGAAAGAACAACAAGGGCCACUGUGAAGCUACCUGUGGACAUGGUUGCAAGUAUGGCGAGUGCAUGGGACCAAACAAAUGCAAGUGUUUCCCUGGAUUUACAGGGAAAACCUGUAAUCAAGAUGUGAAUGAAUGUGGGCUGAAGCCACGUCCCUGUGCGCACAGAUGUAUGAACACACACGGCAGCUACAAGUGCUAUUGCCUCAACGGAUACAUGCUGAUGCCAGAUGGCACAUGUGCAAGUUCUAGGACAUGUGACAUGGUGAAUUGCCAAUAUGGAUGUGAAGAAGUCAAAGGCCAGGUGCAGUGUCUCUGUCCAUCAGGUGGCCUUCAGCUGGGACCAAAUGGAAGGACAUGCAUUGACAUUGAUGAAUGCUCCACAGGCAAGGCUGUCUGCUCGUACAACCGCAGAUGUGUCAACACAUUUGGGAGCUUCUACUGCAAGUGCCAGCAGGGAUAUGAGCUGAAAUACACUGGUGGCCGCUACAGCUGUGCAGAUGUAAAUGAAUGUGUGACAAAUACACACAGGUGCAACCUCCAUGCAGAGUGCCUCAACACCCAGGGAUCCUUCCAGUGCAAAUGCAAGCAGGGCUACCGAGGAAGUGGAUUUGACUGUGCUGUUAUCCCUGAAAAGUCAGUGAAGGAAAUUGCAAGAAGCCCUGGAACAGCUAAGGACACAAUUAAGAAACUUCUUGCACAAAAACACAGUGUGAAAAAGCAUGAAACAAUCGAGAAUGCAAUCCCAGAAGCAGCUGUGACCCCACCUUCUGAGACCCACUUGCAGUUGCUGGACUAUGAAGGUGCUGUUGAUCUUGGUGGGAGCUACAGUGAGGAAGAGAAAGAAAUUGCAGCUGCUGCAGAAGAGGAGGCUGAAGAGUCAGAUGAAGAGGAGAAGGAAGAUUUUGAAAAUCAAAUUGAUGAGCGAAGCCUGAGAGGGGAUGUCUUUUUUGAUUGCAGCUUCAGUCGAGGAGUUUGUGACUGGAAACAAGAUGCUUAUGAUGACUUUGACUGGAAUCCUGCUGAUCGAGAUAGAGGUGAUGGCUACUACAUGGCAGUUCCAGCCUUUGUGGGGCACAAGAAUGAUAUGGGGCGUUUAAAACUUCUCCUCACUGACCUCAAACCAAAGAGCAGCUACUGCCUGAUUUUCAGUUAUCGGCUUGCUGGUGAGAAAGUGGGAAAGCUAAGAGUGUUCCUGGCAAACAAAAAAACUGCUCCUGUCUGGGAAGAGAACAAAGGAAAAGAUGAAAAGUGGAGAACUGGAAAAAUAGAGAUAUUUCAGGGGGCUGAAACAACCAACAGUGUCACUUUUGAAUCAGAACGUGGGAAGGGUAAAACUGGAGAAAUUGGAGUGGACAAUGUUAUACUAAUUUCUGGUCCAUGCCCAGAAGAUGCCUGAUAAUGGACAUUGAAGUAUACCAGAUUUAAUCCUAUUUUUUACACUUUAUGAGUAGUGUAUUUUUUGUAUUCUUUUUUUAAUUAUAAAAACAAAACCAAAACAAACCUAUAAAAUUGUGCCUUGAAUCUAAUGCAACAAUGCCAACAGAAAAACUGAUGUUCAAGAUGCAGAAUACACUUUUUUGUGAAUUCUUUUAAUUUUGAUACAUGCAUUGAAUACUACUGUAUUUUAUAAUUCAAGGUCAGGGUUUCUGAAGUAUUAUUUGUUAAGCAUUUUUACAAUUCUACGUGCUUUUUUUUCUUCAAAGUCUUCUUGAGGCUAUUCAUUACUCUUCUGUUUCAUUUUAUCUACUCCAUAAGAACAUAAAGCAGUUUUUAAGAGAAUGUUACUAUUUCUGUUGACAUAAUUAACUUCUUAGUGGGUAUGCUGUUCUAAAAAUCAGUAUGCAUCACCCUGUGUGCAGUAAGACAAUCACACACAGUGCCAAGGUGUUUGUUUAUUUAAAUACUUGUGCAAAGAUGAGUGCUAGGUAAAUCCACAAAGUCAGGACACCAAGCAGAAAUGAUGACCACUAUUUAUAUAUUGUUAAUCUUGACAUAUUCCACUUAUCUAGUAUAUAUUCAGUGUUUAAUACUCCACUGUUGCUGAGCUGGCUUCUUAUCCUGGGCAGCCUGGUGGUUUUUACUACUGUGGUUACUAUUAUAAGUGUUUACUAUUGUAUUAUUGCUGAGAUGUGCUGAGCUGGCUUUGUUUUCUUCUUAUCUUGGGUGUCCUGCAGUAGCACACCCUUCCUCCCAAAUUCUGUUACCCCUCUGAGUCUGGACGAGUUUGUUUGAAAGGAUCUCUCUUUCCCUGUGACACAGAAAUGUUGCAGAAGUUGCUGCAGUAGUGACCAAUGGGUCCUACAGAUCCUGCAGGCUGCUUAUACCAGUUCCCAGUGAUCUUUGAGACAAGUCAAGCCCUAAACUUUACUAAAGUAAUUCUAUUGACAAAUAAUUUAUAUUAGGCCUGAGGUAAAUAUUCAAUCUAUCGAACAACUAGGAAGAAAGUGAAGACCUUCUUUUCCUUUCUGAUGGAGCUAAGAAAGGUGUAAGCGGAUUCAUGUCUUUGAGGAAUAUUUUCAUUACUAAUAAAGUAUGUAAAAUAC